AUGAGUCGCCCCGCACCGCCACCAGGAAUCUCAUGUCACCCUGGAGAAAUGGCCGGAAAGCCAAUCGAUAUCCCAGAAGCCGGGGACCCAGAUUACACCUAUGAUUGCUGGAAGGCGAUUUUGCAUGAAACAGAUGAUACCCCAUCAACUGGCCGCUACAUAAAGGACAUCGCGGCCGAUCCUCGCAUCAAAACUGUAUACCUAGAGGAGAUCGAGGGCCAGGAAUACCCGCAAAUUAUCCUCCACAAUAUCUGGAACGAUCUUGGCAUACUGGACGUUCGCAUGCAACGCCUGCGGGUCCAAGAAAAAGGAACCGCGAGGGCUCCAUGGCCGGAACUG